GUGUUAUCAAUCCUGUAACUUACUCAACGGUUUUAUGGUAGUUGUGCACUUAUUCGAUGAUAAUAUCCGCGUAUGGAAACGAGAGAGCGUGAGCGAGGAUAGAGAGAGAGAAACGCAUACACAUUACAUUCCCGUGGAGUUACAGCGCUUACUGUAGCGGUAGCAGCAGCUGACCACUAAAAACGGUAUGUACGCCGUGAGCAAUUUCGGCGUAAAACCUGUUACCUGGUGAGAUCGGUUCUUCUGCAGCGCACAAUAAUUGCGGGCUGGCUAGCCGUCGCUGCCGUAUUCGACCCUACGAUAUUUGUCGAGCCCUCCGCAAACGGUGUUCUUCAUUCACACCCAAAAAGUGCAGCCGACAUUGGACCUAUCACCGGUGAUAAGUGCUAAUUGUCUAGUGUCCCGUCCGCCCGCACAGUGAUCGCGUUCGCUUUUGUGGACCAUGGGCGAUGGGCCUCGUCGCUUUUUGUCGUCUACUCGUCUGUCAUCAGAUAGUAAACAAUAGAUCUGCUUGUAGCCAUGGCUGCGAACGAUAUUCGCGAUGACUUGGUCGUCCUGCCUCCGACCACUUUGGACUUACGAAGCCCUGGCGCUAACAUGAAUAACAACAAUAACAAUAACAAUAAUAUGAACAACAAUCAAGCGUUCAACGUUCGAGACCGCUUGUUCUAUGCUCUGUUCUUCAAGGCCACCUUAGCCUAUGCAAGGAUAGUGCCGAGCUGGACCAGGAGGCUCGUAGAAUUCAUCUGCUUAUUGAAGGUACAUUACACUAAUGAGUUAUUAUUUAUAACUGUCAUACUUGAUUUUUAUUACGUUACAGGCUGUUUUAUCAUUUUUUAUUCUUGUCUACGUACAUAUGAAUUUCUCGAGGAAUCCAGCCAAUUGUUUGCAACAUGUCAAGGAUGUUUGGCCAAGAGACGGCAUACUACGGGUAGAGAUUAUCCGAUCUCAUCAGCGUGCAUAUGCUGAACAGACAGGCACACUCAGUGAUUUAUUUACAGUGGAACAUUCUUAUGAACGCGAAUAUAGCCUUAGACAGCUAGAGGAAAAUGAUGAAAUUUUUUCACUGAUUUUAAAUCCUUUUUCUAAAUUUAAUAAUCCCGGGUAAGUUUAUCGAUCAAUUCAUUAUUCAUUUUGCAUAAUAAUUGAAUCAAUAAUUGUAUUAUUUUCUUUGUCUACAUUUAUCUGUGCAUGCAUAAUUAAUUAGGUAAGUUAUAAAUGUUAGUAUUCUAAUUAUACAAAUUAAUAGAAAAAGAGCAUUGGUAUUGAAGUACCUAGGUAUUAAUAAAAUAACAAAAUAAGUUUAGAAGGUACGAUACCUUAAUUAUUUAAUUUUUAUCUGUACUCGGUGAUAAAUCAUUUAUAACUAAUUAGAAUACAUGUUUUGAAAUGCUGUAAUUUUAGGAUUUUUGUUAAAACUUGAACAUAAAACAUUGAUAUAAAAAAAGUACUAUAUUACACUAACCUAUUUUUUGAAUACUAAGUAAAACUUAUAAUGAAACUUGUUUUAAUUUUUAAGGAUUUCUUUUUGUUUCGAGAUAAUUUUUUACGUUUAGAAAAGAUUAAUUUAAGUAUUCUGUAAACUUUUCAGAAUCCGCUGAAUUAGACUAUCUGUUACAUUUCAUGUGAGAUAAAAUGGUUUUUGAAUCGAUGAUUACUUAUCAUUUACUUUUUAACUUAAUAAAUUAUUAUUUAUCUACCAAAACAUUUGUACUUUAAAUACAUAUUUCUGUUAGUUUUUACUCUUAAUUAUAAUAUAAAAAAAAGAUUUAUUUUUAUGUACACGUGAAAUGUUUAUUGUUGACCUAAUAUAGUUUAGGGAUGGGUCAAAUUAAUUUUUCAGUUCAAUUUUUCACUGUUCCAUAUAUUCUUAUUAAUAUUUUCAUAUGAUUAGUUUAGUUUUAUUACAAUUUAAAUAUAUUAAAUAUAUGUUAAAAGAUUUUAAAAAUAACGAUACCAAAGUAGAUUAAAUAGCUUAAAACAAUUUAAUAUCAUAUAGGCAAUUAGAUUAUAUGUGCACAAUAAAUGGUUUAAAUGUUGAAUAAAUGACGAGUAUAUUUUACACAGUAAGAAAUUACAAAUAAUAUGUAUUUUCGGUGUUAGGAAAAAUGAAGCUUCACCUGAUACCGACCAGACAAAUAAAGAGUUUAUAGGAAGUAAAUAUCAAGAAGACGAAAAAGUUGAUUAUGUUACUGCACACUCCAUCCAUGUAUUUAACUAUUUGUCAAAUCAUGUAAACAUAAAAGGUAAAUUUUAUUUGAAUUUGCAAUUUUUUUUAUUUAAAUCACUAUUAAUUAGGUUAAAUCAUCACCUAUGAUCAGUAAACCUGGUUAUGGCCACUAUUUUUUUUAUUUUAUUCAUAAAUAGUGCAAUUUUGUUAUUUGACAAGUCAUAUGUUAAAUAAAUAAAUAAUUUUAAUUAUUUUAUAUAGUAUUCAUCUACAUUAAUUUACUGGGUGAUAUAAAUUAUUAUUAUUUUAAAUAUUAUUAUAAUAACAUAGAUAGCAUAUAAUGGUCAUAGAAAUUCUAUUUAAAAAUAUUAUUAUUAAUUUUAAAUUGUUUAAGAAAAUUCUUAAGAUGGCCAUAAGCGAUGAUUUCACCUUACCUAGUUUUUUAAACCUUUCAUUUGAAAACUUUUUGGGUAAUAAAAUAUUAUUUUUAUUAUUUUUUUUAAACAAGUUUUAUUGUUAUAAUAUUAUGAAUUAUGGUAUCAAGUAUUAUUAUACAAUUUUAUUAUUAUUAGAUUACUAAUCGUAAAGUUUAACUUGCUUACUUUAAAGUAUAUUGUACAUGAUCAGUUUGAAUUAUAAGGUUUACUUUAUGAUUUAUUACUGCUGACAAAAUCAACAAAUAUCAAGUAUAAAAUAAAUACCGUUGAAUUUACCAUAACAUUGUGAAUGUUGAAAAGUAGUUUUUGGUGCUAUUCCUUUAAAGGUUUAGUCCUAACACAAUAUUGUCCACUCUACAGAAUUUUAUUUGAAUUUGAUUUGACGUUUUAAUUAGAAGGACGUCGAAACUGCAAAUUAAUUUCCUGAGACAUUGAACAUUUAUUUCAUGAAAUAAAUUUUCUAUUAAUAUUAUAAUAUUAAUAGAAAAAAGACUGACAUACUUCACAUGAUUAGUGGGCCACUGUUGUAGGUGAAAAGUUAAGAAGGUAUGAUAUAGAGGGGAAUUUAAUGUAUAUCUGUAUGCAAUAAUUAAAAUUUUCUAUUGAAAAAUGAUUCAAAAGGCCAUAAUAUUUACGAUUUUCAUCAAAAUUUGACAAUAAAAUUCUUAUAAAAAAAAAAAAAUAUUACAUCAUAUUCAACUUUUUCUUGUUGACCACUAAGUGCAACUUAAAAUGAAACUCCUAUUAAAUUGUUAAGCAUUUCUGUUUAGUCCAAUAAUUUUAUAUACAGAUUACCUACCGAAUAAAUAUUAUGUAAUAACAAUCAAAAUUAAAAUGUCUAAUAGCUUAAAUUUGGCUCAAUUGUUUGUUUUGAAAAUUUUCCCACAUUUAUAAAAGUCAAAUAUAAUAUUUCUGUCCAAAUUUCAUGUCUUUAUCAAUAUUUUUCACUGAAUUACAAGAAAAAAAUAUUAAUGAAAAUUAAUAAAAGUAUUAUUUUUAAUUUUUUCUGGUUUUUCCAGUUUAUUGGGAAAACCCAAUUUAUUUUUAAUGUUAAAAAUGAUUAUUUCGGUACUCCCUAUCACCUCUGAAAACCCCAUUUCAAUCCAAGAACAUCUAGCAGAAAUAUGAUGUGGUACUUAUGAAUUAUAUAUUAUGAACACACAAUAUUGUGCUUGGCAUAUUAAGCAGAUUAACUUAAAUAUUAAUGAAGAGUAUAAUAUAUUCGGCUACUUAAAAAUGAACCAUUUUUAAUAUUUAUAAUCUUCUUAAUCAUGUUUUGAUAAUAACAUAUUGACAAUAUUGUAUUAAAUGGUUAAAAUUUUAAAAAAAAAAGACCACAGUACUGUGAUUAUUUAUUUUAAUAUACUUGAAUUCCAGUUUUAAGUUUAGGAUCUUCUUCUUUACCUUCAGCCUUCAUCUCAACUAUUUAGGGUUAGCCACCAUCAUCCUAAACGUCUAUUUGAUUCGAUCCUUCACAUCAUCCUCGUAUUCAAUCGCCUAUUUUUUGAUCUUCCUCUCCUCUUCUACAUUUAGUUCAUUAUAAUUUUUACUUCUGAUUCUUCUUUUCUCAUGACAUGAGAAUGACAUGACAUCAAACUAUCUUAGUCUAUUUUCUAUAAUUUGUCAAUUAUCAAAGCUAUGUUUAAACUACCCUCUUAUCUUACUCAUUCCUUAUCCAUCUUCACUCACAAUCACUCAUCCACCUAGGCAUUCUUAUUUCUGCUACACUUAUUCUUUGUUCUAUUUUCCUGUCUUUCACCAAACUAUACAACAUAAUUAGUUUCGCUACAUGUUUAAAGACUUUAACAUUAAGUCUCAUUAGAAUUCUCUUAUAUCACACCUAAUGCUUCUUUUCACUUUAUUACAACACACUUAAUCCUAUGUUUAACAUCCUCGUCAAAGCUACUGUUCUCUUACGCAAAAGGUACUUAUAACUUAGUCCUAAGUAUUUAAAACACUAUUAAGAUUUAAAUGUUUUUUUUUUUUAAUUACAUUUUUGGCAUAUUUAUCUAUUUUUUCUUUGAUUUAUUUUGUGUAGAUGGGAAUAGAAAAGUGUUCUUGAAUGCUACUACAAGUAAAUUGAGUUAUGAAAUUAGUAACGAAUACUCUUACAUUGGUGAUUCUACACAAACUCAGCCUGUCAAGGUACAGAUCCUCAAUGAUGUAUACCUUAUCUAUGUGUUGUCUUUAUCAAUUUUAUUUUAUUUCUCAGUAUGCAAACAGUUCUAUCGGAAACUUAUCAGUUAACUCGUUAGUACCAUCUUUGAAUAAACCGUUACCUAUUAACGACAAAAACAAAGGUAUGAUUGGAUGGAAUACCUUAUAUACUGUAUGGUAAAUGUGCUUGAAUAAAUUUUCAAUGAAAAAUAUUUUUGUGUUUUCAGGAGUAUUUUACGAGAGCUACAUUGUCGAGUAUGCACUGGAGUACGGGUUUUUGCGCUUGUCGCCAGGUGCCAGGACCCGGUUGAAAAUCCCAGUAAUGUUGGUGGCGUUGGAACCUUCACAUCACAAGUGUUUCGGCGAUAACAUUGGUCAGUUCUUCCUGGAAUAUUUGCUCGGCUAUGACGACAUUCUAAUGUCGUCAGUCAAAUCAUUGGCCGAAACUGAACAAAACAAAGGAUAUCUCAGGUAAAGCACAACCAUAAUAAUAAUUAUUAAUACUUUAAUUCAAAACAACAAAGUGGUUAAAUAUUAAUUUAUAUUAUAUUAAAAUGUUGAUAUGUUUUAGAAAUACAGGGUUGUUAAAUACUAAAUCAUUGUUAAAAUAAAGUAUAGGAAAUUAUUAGCAAAUGUGAUAUUGUUAUUUUUUAAGGUACUAGUUAAGUAGGUUUAAUUACUCAAAUAAAAGUUCAGAGUCUGAAAAUGUGAAGACAAAUUUUUUAUUAAAACAAAUUCUGAAUGUUAACUUAAUAAAAUUUAUUUUCUUUUUAACGAUCACCACCAGCAUCAUUAUAUGAUGCUACGGGUUUAGCAAACCUGGAACACCAAGCUCCUACUGGUAGAAAGUCUAGGUGGUUAAUUUAAGUGGGCAUCUGGUAUUGUUUCUCUAUAAGAUGAAGGAAAAGAUCAGAAUACUUUUAUUUGUUGUAAGAUGAUAAAUGAGGUUGAGGUUGAAAAUAGAACAAAGUAUAAAUGUAGUAGCGAUGAGAAUGCCUAGGUGGAUGAGUGAUUGUGAGUGAAGAUGGAUAAGGAAUGAGUAGGAAAAGAGGGUAAGCAUGACUUUGAUAAUUGACAAAUUAUAGAAAAUAGACUAAGAUAGUUUGGGCAUGUCAUGAGAAGAGAAGAAUCAGAAUUAGAAAUUGUAAUGAGUUAAAUGUAGAAGUGGAGAGGAUGAUUAAAAAAUAGGCGAUUGAAUGCGAGGAUGAUGUGAAGGAUCGAAUCAAAUAGACGUUUAGGAUGAUGGUGGCUAACCCUAAAUAGUUGAGAUGAAGGCUGAAGGUAAAGAAGAAGAUCCUAAACUUAAAACUGGAAUUCAAGUAUAUUAAAAUAAAUAAUCACAGUACUGUGGUCUUUUUUUUUUAAAAUUUUAACCAUUUAAAACAAUAUUGUUCAUAUGUUAUUGGUUGGUAGAAUAAAAAAUAGAACAGUGAAUAGAUUGUAGUAGAAAUGAGAAAGCUUAGGUGAACAAGAGGAUAAUAUAAGAUAAGAAUUGAGAGUACAUAUGAGAUACGGCAAUUAAGUAAUGGGACUGAUUGAAAAAAAUUCCCUUCAAAUUACUAGCCUCAGACAACUACACACCGAGUCCAGCACUUUUUCUAGUCUUGGUAAGUCUUCUGUAAUAUUUCUACUAGCUGUCCAUGGAGCAUCCUUGUUGUGAACUUUUGAAUGUCAGUUACCAACCCAAAAUGGGUUCUUUUUAUGACUUAUUUGACCUUGAAAAACAGGAAAGUCACACAGAGUAGAGAAUUCGGGGCAUAUGACAAGACUAGGAUAUUUUUUGAGGUCAAAAAUUGUGUCACACCGAAGACUCGAGUCUAAUAUUUUUUAGUUUUUUGGUGUUGGUCACGCUGAUAAAAUUUCUGAUAUCAUUUGGAAGAAUUGUCCAAGACCACGGUUAUAGAUAGAAUGGUUGCACAAUGGUGUAUCCUGUAAUAUGAUGUUAAAUAUGAUGGUCUUUUGAUUUUCCUACUCCCGUUUUUAUUCUGUUAAACGUUCUUCAGCCUGGCCAAUUGAGGUUAUGUCCUGCAGAAAGGUGCUCUGCUAGUACAAUCUGAUCGUUUUCAAUAUAACCUACAGUUAGUUACCAGCAAUCAUUCAGGCUUGCUCGAUGGGGUUUCGCUAAGAUAUUUGUGCAUUACAUAAAGCUCUUUCUUGAUUUUAGUCUUGAUCUGUGUGUAUAUUUACUGUGUAGGAUUUAUCGUCUUGUCAGUUUCGAGUUUGGAUCUUAAGUCUUUAUUAAUUGUAUGUUAGAUGUUUGAGGUGCUUGAGCUGCCAAUGCUUGCAAUAAGAUUUAUGUCCAUUUCGGUUAAAAUUAGAAAUUUAGAGUUCUUGUUUGUAUAAAUAUAAAAUUAAUAACUUAAUAUCUUUACUAUUGUAGGUAUCUACCUAUACAACCCAAUUUUGAAAAUUAACUUUCUGUGUUUAAUCAUUUUGAUUUUAAAGGUAUAAAAGUGUUAUAUUUAGUUUAUUAGAAAUAGUUUUUCUCGUAAUUUUCUAAGUUUACCUUCAUUCACCAAAAUAUAUUACAUAUUAUUAAUGAUAAUACAAAUACAUACAAAUUUUAGCAUUACAUAUAAUUAUCAUUAUGGUCUAGGAAUUUGUUGGUCAAUCUGAUCUGAACAAAUUUUUUUUUGAUAGAAGUUUGAAGAGAACUGCUGUGAGCUUCUGCUGUCCCACUGUCUGAUCAAAAACCAGACAGUAAAAAAAAAGAAAAAAAAGAUUUAUAUCAUUUAUAAAAUAAACAGUUCUUAUCAGUAUCUGCCUAUCUGGAAUAAACGAUAUAGUUACCUUACUAGAAAUGGCGAACUGUUUAAAAAUAUAUACCUAGGUUUUUAUGAUUUGGUGUGGCCAUAAUAAUAUAAUAUUAUAUAUUUCAACAUUUCCCAAAUUGAUAGUAGUUGCCAGUCGCAGCAUUGAUUAAGUAUUCCUAACAAUUGUUACUGCUAAAAACCACUGUUGGCUAUCAUGUAAAAGUAGUAAUAUUUUUUAAUAAAUUACCUUAUUGUGUAUUUUAUUAAUGAUAUGAACCGGUUUUUUUUUUACUGUCUUGUGCUUUUUGAUGACUUAUGCAGCCAUUCGAUCUAUAAUUGUAUCCAAGACCCUACCAAAGAUAAUAAAAAUUUGUUUUUGAUCAAGUUUUACAUAAAACAUUGUAGUAUUACCAAUGUAUAUUUUUUAACAAAAUGAAGUUGAGAAAUGUUGUGUUUUUAUAUGAGAACCAUUGACUUUAGUUGGUAAUUUUGUUGUUUACUUUAAAAUUAAAUUACAUUAAAUAAAAUCAAUUCAAACUGAAUAAAAUGAAUCAAUUCAAAUCAAAUUAGAUCAAUUUUAAAUCAAAUAAAUCAAUUUAGAUCAAAUCAAACUAAUUUGAAUGAAAUUAAAUCAAUUUAAAUAAAAUAAAAUGUGUUCAAAUCAAUUUUUAUGUCAUUUUAAUUGAUUUGAUAAGUUUAAUUUGAUUUAAUAAUUGAUCUUAUUUGAUUCAGAUUAAUUUAAUUUAAGUUAGUUUGGUUUGAUCUAAUUUGAUUUAAAUUGAUUUAAUUUGAAUCAAUAAAUUUGAUUUAACAAUUGUUCUGAUUUGAUUUGAAUUGAAUCAUUUAAUUUAGUUUGAUUUAAUUUGAUAUCUAAUUUCAUUCAAUUCUAACUAACUUAAAUUCAUUUAAAUCAAUCUGAAUAAAAUUAAAUCCUUUCAAAUUAAUUUAAUGUCAUAUUAAUUAAUUUGAUUUGGAUUGAUUUAAUUAGUUUUAUUUGAUUCCAAUUAAUUUGAUUUAACAAUUUAUCUAAUUUGAUUCAAAUUAAUUGAAUUGAUUUAAUAAUUUAUCUUAUUUGUUUUGAAUUGAUUUAAUUUUAUGUCAUUGAAUGAAUACAAAUUUAUUAUUGAUUUUAAUUUAUUUAAUUUCAUGUAUUUUAAAAUAUAUAACUACAUAAUUUAACGCCUAAUAAUAGUUAUUACUUUAUGAAAGUAUAAGAACCAAGGUUUGAAAGAUCAACGACAAAUUUAAUUUUCCACAAUGAAUGACCACAAUUACGUUUUACUCAGUACAAAUUUUAUAUAAAUUAUCAGUUCUAACUUUUUUAAUGAAAUUGUGUUUAUUUUCAGAAACUUAUAUAUUAGAAAAUGAAGACUUGGUGGCCUCUAUGGCAAGUCUUUGUAAUUGGGAUAAUUUAGAAAUUCGUUGGUGAUACUGGUUGGAUACUCGGUUCAAAAUUCCUUUGUUUCAUAUUUUUAUAAAAUUAUCACAACAUAACCUAUCAUAACAUUUAUGAGUGAAUUAUUUUCUACAUUAUUUUUUCUUCACAUUGACAUUUUUGAAUUGUGAAGUAUAUAGAUGAAAUAUUCAAGUGACUACCAAGGUAUGUGUACGGUGUGAUAACAAAUAUGUAUGGAUUAUGGAGGUGAUAAUAAUAUUUUUUACCAACUACAAGUCAACAAAUUUCUUGAUAUACUGGUAUAAAAUAAAAGAUACCUGUAUAAUUUAUAGAGUGUAUUAUUAUAAUCAAACAAAUUUCUAGUAUAUAUAAACAAAUAAAUGUAUAACCAAAAUCUGCUAUGAAUCGUUUUUUUUUUUUUAAAUUAUUAUCAUUGCGUUUAGACAUAUAUUAAAUUCCUCAUUGUAUUAUUGAGGAAAUCCAAGUUAAUUAUUAUAAAAUAAUUAAUAGUGUGAUAAGGGUUAACACUGAUAUGGAUAAGUAUUAUGUUUAAUAUAAGUUAGUUUAUUAUGAUAUUGUAUUUAUUGGUUAAUUUGUAAACUUGUUGUAUUAGUAAAAACAUUUUUUUUUUUCAAGCGUUGGGUACAUCUAUUUUUUGGAAAUCUUAACCUCGUAGGGAAGAAGGGAUAUGUUCCCCAUAAAUAUAUCAAUUAAUAGAUUAAUAUUAGGAGACUCGAGGUCUCAGGUUCAUAGUGCUACCACAUGGAUGGAAAAAAAAUAGUUUCAUUAUUUGAUUGUCAGACCUCAUAAAAGAUAGCUUAUGUAUGGUAUCAAUAAUAGUCAAAAUGAGAGAGAAUAAACUGAAACAAUUUGGGCAUGUCAUGGGGAAAGAGGAAUUUUAAUAAAAAUAAUGUUAGAAGAAAGAGUGGAAGAGGUAGUCGGAUGUGAUUGACAUGACGAUUGGACAUGUUAUGUGUUUCGAUUAUUUUGUUCCUACAAAAGUCCAUCUCCCCUCUCCGAUAUAACAUCAUUACAAUUAUAGUAUGUCCACUUUUUGUCUUAAAAUUUGCAAAAAGCUAAAGUAUCUAUUUUAAUGAUUUAUAACCAAAUUGGUUGUUGUGAAAAUAUAUACAACAAAAUUUUGAUGUAUCAACCACCAAUAAUAUGUUAUAAAUUGUGAUGAACGAAUAUUUUCAUUUUUUUAAAGUGUUUUAUACACGGUACAGGUACCGUUAAUACUAUAAAUUAUUAUGUUUAAGUGUUAUAAUCCGCGGAAGUAAUAAUAAUAUACAACGUUAACGAUGUGUACAUAUCAUGAAAAAAAAAGUUUAUUAAACACUUCGGUAUAUAUUACGUAGAUUUCGGUACUUGUAUUGACUGUUGAGUAUCGAAGUAUAAUAUUACGUACCUAUUUUUAUUAUUAUUAGGAAGUUCUAUGGUUUUAACAGAUUAAAAUCACGAGUGCGUGCCGAUUGUUAUAAUAAUCCAUACAAAUAAUUUUGUUACAGGAAUGUAAUCACCGGCGAACAUUAUAGAUUCGUGAGCAUCUGGAUGGCCAGGUCGUCUUAUAUCGCUUCUUUUUUCAUAAUGGUUGUGUUUGUAAGUAUCUAUACUAUAUCACAUGUAUUUGAAAAAAAAAAAUCUAUACUUUAUAUUAGUUUUAUUUUUUCUUGGAUUUUUUUGUGUCUACUUUAAAAGUGCGGUAUUUUCACCCGACGGCUGUAUUUUAUUUGAAAAAAAAUAUCGAGAUUCCCAACAGUGUCUAAAAAAUAAAAAUAAAAAAUAAUGGCAACAUCAAAUGACACCAUAUAGGUCGAUUUUAAUUUCAUCGAUUUCUAGUUUACCAUUAGCUACAAAGUAAAGAUAAAAAAAUAAAUACUAUAACUCCUUACUGAGCUCAGCUCAGAAUCUUUUUAUCGUUUUGUGCCUUCCAAAGUACUCACCUGCAUACAAUAGUAUACAACUGCAGUUGUGUGAAGUAUGUGUCCGGCACAUUAUAAUUAUUUUUAAUAAUUAUAGAAUUAUAGCAGUGUACACUCGGUUUGCGUUAACCCUGGAAAUUUGUUACAUGGUAGCAAAUGUAAUAACUAACAGUAUGGCAAUAUUCUGUUUUUGUAAAUUAUGUAUUUCAGCCGUACUAUCGCGUGUUUAUUAUAAUAUUAUUAUGUUUUUUCGACGCGAUUUCGAUCGAAUUACUGCGCGCAAGAGACCGUCAUCGUACUCGUACAUAAUAUUAUUAUAUAUACACGCGAGACGAGAUCGGCGGUGGCGACAUUUCAUAUAAUGAUUAAGAAAACCAAUAAGAAAGGCGUCCGUGAAAUUAGAUACGAUGUUGUUUCAUCCCCCCGAGAAAUGAAAACGCUGCCCAUAAUAUAUAUAUUCUCGCCACCGUCUUCCUAUUGCCAAUUACACUAUAUACACUGUAGUUUUUCUCCUCCCUCUGUUCGUUAUUACCAUUUUUUUUUUUAUCCACUUUCCUAUGAAAAUUCACUUGCAUCGUCCUUAUAAAUUAACUCUACACCCGCUUCUCUGAAUCAUAUAUACCUAUAACUACCUAUACCUAUGUCAUUAUAAUUUCAAUCGUAAAUCAAUUCUAUAUAUAUAUAUAUAUUAAAGAGACUUUUUAUGAAAUUUUAUGACGAAAGUAUAAUAUUUAGUGAUUUUAUUAUUAAAAAAAAAGCUGAUACAGCUGAUGGGUUCGCAGUGGUUGUAGGUGGCAUAGGCGUAAUUUUACUAAAAUUCAGGGGAAUUCUGACAUUUACCUAAGUAAAGUAACUAAUUAAGAAAUAAAACAAAAAUCUAGAAGAACCGUAUUUAAUAAUAAAUAUUAAUAUGAAUAUUCGUAAGUAAAACCGCCCACAAAGACUUUAUUCGAUCUAUGAUCAUAAUACUAUAUAAUAUUAUCGUAAUACUUCAUUAUGUUCAAUAUUUUUAUUUACUAUUAAGUACAGUUUAUGUCUUAUAAAUAAUGAAUCCCCGGAUUAAAUCUACACGCAUAGGUGUCUAAUCAAAUAAUUUUAUCUUCAGAAUACCUACGUAUCGCUUAAAAAUAACUAAAAUGUUUUGAACCAUAUCUAAAAAAGGCUAAUAUAAGUAUUCUAUGAACAAUAAAAGUUCUCUAUGAUAAUUUUUAAUCAAUUUACAACAAAAAACUAAAAAUCGAAAAUAACAUACUAAUAACGCCAUAAACGUUCCGUAUUUCCUACGUUUUUUCUCAAUUAUUUUGAAAAUUGGUUGAAAAAUCAAAACAAGAUUUUCUUUUUCACAAUUUGGAUACAAAAUACAAAAAAAAAAUCUUGCCAUUUUUCGAUUGACGCAAGAUUUCUGGUAGAAAAGUUUUUAUAGACGAAAAAAAAUCAAACGCCCAAAAUAAUAAUAAAAAAAAAUAACAUACAAAAACCAUUAGAUCCCUCACUACACUUAGAAUCUAAUAUAGAAUUGUAACGGUGUGAAAACGUAUUCAGAAGGAAUUUCUUUUUAAAAAUAUUAAUAUACCUACUUGUGAUUUUACAAAAAAAUAAAAUAAACUUGGCAUAUUGUUUUCUUUUGGCCGUUUUGAACGACUUUAGUAGUAGUGGAAUUGCCGAUCUGUAUAGUAUAACAACCCUCUUCUCGUUAACACCACUAUAGUUAAUUAAGUGUAUCUGAUAUAAAAUAAGGGGCUGCCUCCGCACUUUGUAUCAUUACGUUUCGAAAAACUACGGAAUUUACGACAAAUUUGGUUUCAUCGCGUUACGGAAAUUAUUUAAUCCCAACCAUUCUCUCUCUCCCUCCCCCGGAAAAAGAUCCGGGACAUUUUUCAAUGAUAAUAUUAAAUUUGUAGUCAUGACGUUAUUUAAUUACAAUUAGACGGUAAUAAAGCAUUGACUGUGAAUACUUGUACAUCUAUACAUAUAUCUAUUUUCUUCGAUAUGAGAACAGUAUUUUGAAUGAUAUAUUUGUAUGACGAUGAUUGUUGUUAUUGUAAUGUAUCUACUUUUAACUUAUGAUUUAAAAGAUGUAUUAUAUAUACGUUUUGUGAUGUGGUAUACAAAUCCGAAUUCUAGGAAAAUCUGCAAAUUCCAGAUUUUGAUGUCGUUAAUAUUAUUCGGGUUUCUGUUUUAAAUUUUGAGUAGAGCGAAGAAGCUUAUGGUUUUAGAAAGAUAGCACUUUUACUAAAAGGAAAUCUUACUUGAGAGAUAUUUUAGGGAAGUCAUUUUUAAUUUUUCCAAGAGUUUUCUUAAUAAAUGGGAAAAUUUACAAAAUGUAGGUAUUAGUUUAAAAAAAAUCGGCCUUUUUUUCCCUGUGAACAAUUUUUUUACCAGCAAUUUUUCUCCGAUUUACAAUGAUCACACUUUUUCCAAAAGGAAAUCUGACUGAGGAGGUAAUAUUUUUGAUUUUCCUGGGAGUUUUCCUAAUAAAUGGGAAAAACGUCAAAAUAGGUACAAUAUUGAACAAAUAUUACUGAGGAAAAUAUAUAAUACCUACGUAUUAUUUUACCAUAAUAUGACAUAUAUAUUUUUGACAAAGCAGCACUAUCAACUAAACUCCGCUGAGAAUCCUUUUUUCUUUAGCAAUAGUAUAUCCGAAUUUUAUGGAAAAUUUGAAUAAUUAUUUAAUUUCCCCUCUACCAUACCUUCCCAACUUCGCGCCUUUAACAGUGGCUCACCCACGUGCGAUGUUGUCCGACCUUUUUUUAUAUCUGAAAAUCAAUUUUAGAUUUUGACUGUAUAGCAAAUAAUUGUAUGGUAAUAGUUUUCGGUUAGUGAAAAUGCUCGGAUUUUUUAUAUUGCACCUUAAAAAUAUUAUGUGGAAUUUUCGUCCGUUCGUACUUGAAACAUUUUUUUGUAAUACUUUUCAGUUCACCUUCAAGUUCCUUUUUUUUGGGAUUUUGUCCUUCGAAAACUAUUUCUUUUUGGCAUUAAAAAUGUUUCAAAUUGUUGUUUGUAACAUUUUUUUCUUUCUCUGGUAUACUUCAUUUAAAAAAAUGUUCCUAGAUUUCUAACUUUUUCUUUUAAAUAAAAUAAAAAUAAACUGACAACUAAUAUAUUGAUUUUAUUUUAAUUAAUUUCUGAAUUAUUGAUUUUAGGGGUAGUUUCUGGUAUCGAGUUUUGUCUAGGUAGCAGUGUAUUGGACAGAAAAUCAUUUGAUUUUGUAGUUUUUGUAAUGUUUGGGAAAAACCGGAUAAUUUGAAAUAUAAUGGUUUCUGUUAUUUUCGAUUUUUUUUUUCGGUUAGAAAUAAUCGUGAAUACCUGACAUUUUCAUCGAGAACUUGUAAAAUGUAAUCAUUUUCGUAAUAAUAACUUUCGAGGCCUGAUACAAUUUUCUAAAACAUUCAGGCAAUUUUUGUGAAAUUUAUAUUUUUUGAAAUUAUUAAGGUUUUUUUAUAGAUUUUAUUUUAAAGUUCAAUUUUGUAUAAAUAUCGUAAUAAAUCACAUUUUAAAACCUAAACAUGUUAACUGAACUUCUCUCAGAAUUAUUUUUCGUUUGGAAUAAUUUAUCAUGAUUGGCAUGCAGAUAUAAAUGAAAUUAAUCUAUACACAAUCUGAAAUUUUUGUCUACAACAGUGAUCCAUCAGCAAUAUCAGCUUUUUUAUUUUUACGCUAAUAAUAUUUGUUGAUAUGAUCGUCAAUUGUAGUUAUUCUCGUUUUGUUGAAAAUAAUUUCCCUUGAAUUCUCUGCGUUUCUAUAUACAAUUAAAAACAGUUCAUAAUAGCCCCGACUUCAUAUAGUUUCUCAUUUGGUGUUUAUGGCGUCCCAAAAGUCAAUAAUAAAAUAGGGUAAUUAAUCAUUUUCCAAAGUGAUAAAAACAAAUGUUAUAUUUAUGUUUUUUUUUAAAAUUUAUUACCUAUUACAUUAAUAAACGCGACUACUAUUACUACCUGUUGGUGCAAUAAUAUUUUUGUCGCAAGUAGCUUCUUACUAAUUUCUUCCUACACCAAUGUCCCUUUUCAACGUUAAAAACCGAACUACAUAUUGAUACAGUUUUUUUCAUUUUAAAUGUGUUCAAUAUCUUAUUUCCAUUCUCCGAUAACACGGAGAAAUAUUUCCGAUAUGAAAUUAUAAUUUUUACGUCAUGUUACAAACAUAUUAAUAAUUUUAAAAUAAAAAGAAUAUUCAAAUUAUUUAUUAUUAUUUAAAAUUAAGAAAAUUAAUUAUUUAAGCCAUUUGGUUGUUGAAUUCGACUAAACGGAUUGGAAACAAUAAAACGGAAUUUUUUUAUUUAUUUUAAAGAUUUAUACGAAAACUAAUAAUUUGUUUACUAUAUUAUGCUUACAGACCGUGUCGAUUUCAAUGCUUUUGAGAUAUUCGCAUCAUCAGAUAUUCGUUUUUAUAGGUAAGUGUGCAUUGGUUGUUUUUUUCAUCGUGUUUUCGUCAUUAUAAUGUAUACUGUUAUUAUUAUUAUUAUCAUUAUCAUCAUCUUUUUUUUAUAUUUUCCAGUGGAUUUGCUACAGCUAUUGGACUUUCACGGUUCGCUAUCUUUCCCGGCGGCGCCACUUUUGACCGUCAUACUGGCUUUGGUUGGUGAGUGCGAUAAUAUUUUUAUAAUUGUAAUAACAAAUAAAAUAUUAUGAUGAUGUGUAUAAUAUUACGAUUAUACAAAUAACCGUAGGUCAUAUUAAAACUGGGGAAUGGUACUUGAGUCACAGAGUAAGGAUUUGUAAAUAUUGUAAUACUACCGCUACUGUAUAGGAAACGUCGAUUUAUAAUAUUAUAAGAGAUAAUACUUUGGUUUUUUGAUAAGAGAAAGAGAUAUUUUUUCUUCGAUGAACACCGUAAUUGUUGGACUGCACUUAACAUAUAAGGCGGUUGAUCCGACUGUGCCGGUUGGGGUAUCUGCGAUUAAAUUUAUACCGAACUUUAUGUUUUAGAUUUAUACUUGAGAGGUUGCCUUCAUUGGCUAAAAAAUACAACAACUAAAAGUGUUUAUUUAGGAUUUUUUUCAAAUUAUAUAUUUAAUCCAAAUUACAAGGAUUUGUAUUUUGAUUUAUUAAAUACAAAUUGGUCUUUUUGGAUCCAGUUUUUAAAUUUUCAUUGUUGGGUUAGAUAUAAUAACAAGGUUUUACGAUUUUUUCUAGAAUCGUGAUUAUUAUACGUAUACUACUUAUUACUCGUUGACAAUUUCUCAGCAUGUCACUCAAGAACGCUUAGUCUUAUAAACGUAGAACCAUUUUUUUUUGAGUUAAAUGACCUAUUAUAAAAUUAAACAUAAAAAGAAGACCAUUAGUGUUUGUACAAUGGUUAUUUUCGUUAUUUUAAUCAUCAAUUGAGGUGAUAAUUGGACAGAGCGAUCAUCUUUGUUGUCCAAUCAGUUUCGUGAUUUCGUUUUGAUUACGUGGAUCAACGAAUAAAAUCCAGACUUCUAUUUUUUGAGAUCAUUAGAAAAACCUCGACGGGUACCCCGUGGAUUCUUACGUAGCAACCAACCAGAGGCCACCUAGGGGUCCGCGGGCUAUCGGUUAAAAACCCCCGUUCCUAUGUAAAAUCGAUCGAUUCGAAAAUAUUCAAAUUCGUAUGCUUUUAUUAAUAUAUUAUUAUUAUACUAUCGUUAAUAUACAUUUAUGAGUAGUCAGUCCCGUGUGUCGUUAUCAUAAAAGUAUUUAUCGUGUCAUCGUGAAAUACGUGGUGCACAACGGUUAAACGGCAUUUUGACCCCCUGGUGUCACACGUGGGGGGGUAGUUUUAUCGCGUUAUCCCCACAGGACGCGGGGUGGUUAUUAAAAUCCUGUCAAAUGGUAUAGGAGAACGCCUGGUUGGAGACGGUUUGCCGACGUCGUCGGUGUCCUCUCCCCCCCCUCCUCGAAAGUGUAUUAUAUAAUUUUAUGCAUUAACAAUUAGGACCUCUGUCAACACGGCGACAACGACGACGACGACGAUAAUGUUGCGCCCGCUGCCCUAGUGUUAUGUAAUAUAAAAUAACGCGGCGGCGGGUUGUCGCGAAAUACCGUUUUCGAUUUAUUUUAUCCGUUUGCGCCGAGCUGUAGUGUGUAUAAUAUUAAUAUUUAGAAUAACGAUGGGGAAUUUAAACCUAAACAAAUUACACCGAGAAAUACUUUUUCCGUGAUAAUUAUCGGCGCCGCCGUUUUUAAAAUACGCGGUCUACAUUGUUAAACCCUCCAAGCACUAUUAAUCCGGUUCAGUCCGAAAUCCCGACCACGUGUAACCCGUAUAAUCAGAAAUUUUUUAUUUUAUUAUAUUAAACUGACACACAAACUCGACGUACUUCAUGCCGUUGUAAGAUUGGGUAAAUAAUUCAAAAACCAUUGACAUAAUUUGCUAAUUGUACCACGUCAAGACUGGGCUUAUAUAAAGUAUAUUUGGUAUUUGACAGCAAUGGGGAGGAAGUAUUGUUAAAACGGAACCUUCACUGCUGUUGAUUAAACUCAAAAAAAAAACACAGGUAUUUGGUAAAAAUACAAUUAUUUUCCACUGUAGGUCAACAGCAACAAAAAUAAAUCGAAAAUUAUGUAAAUCGAUAGUGCGUAAUUAUUACCAUUUUUAUUUCUAUCAUUAAGAAAACGAUAAGGAUAAUAAUAAUAAAAAAAAAAUCGCUGUAAUGCACCAACUAAACAAAAUGUGCUACCAGAAACCACCACCGAAGUGACGUUUUUAUUUGGAGCAAGAUUUAUGGUAGAAAAAUUGUUACAGACUCAAUAUAAUAUACUCGUAUAUAAAUAUAUAUAUAUAAAAAAAAACAUAAAUCCCAGUAAAACCAACGUAUUUCUCGCUUUACGGCCAUAAUCUAACACCAAAGAAUCGGAGUACAAUUGGCUCGUGUGAUCUCAGCAUAUAUAAAUCAGUCACAAAUUAAUUACCCAUACAAAAUAAUAAUAGAUAAACAAAUAAAUAUGAAUCAUAAAUUGUUCCGGAUGUUUAUUAAAAAUCGAAUAAAUUAUGUGCGGAUUUUGUUGUCUGGUGAUCGUCUAACUGUUGAAAGUGAGAUUGAACUAUAAGUGGGUUAAAAAAAAAAAAUGUAUAAAAUCAAAUCUGUUUUAGUGUGAAUUUUAUGUAAAUCAUAUUGUACUAUAAAAUAUAUUACUGGUAGUUAAACAUGAAAAUCAAAUUGUGUGCGUAUGAUGCUGGAGUAUUACUUUAUAGACAGUGGCGAGUCUAGGAUUUUCACGGCCCGGGUCAAAAAAAAAACUCCGUCCUUCUCAUUGACUGGUACAAUCAUAUUUAAACAUUUUAUUUAAUUAUCUUACAGCCCCCAACCUUAUUGCUUCCUCAUUUAUUUGAAAAUUUCUUCUUAAAAUCAUUUAAUUUUUGUCGCCCUCUUCGCGUGCUCUCUAAAUGCGCCUUUGGGUAUAGGUAUAUGUAUAAUAUACCGUGUGUCCGUAUGAUAAGUAUGUUAUGUAUACUGCAUAUGAGAACAGACCCGGAUUAUUUUAUCGCGUUACUAGAAAGAACAUAAAAACGUACGAAAAUAAUUCGUUUAUUAUUCUCAAUUUUGUUUUUUUUUUUUUUUUUUUUUUUUGUAAUUUAAUAUUUGUAGAGACUUGAAGUUUUGACAGAAAACUUAUAUUUGCCUUUUCUAUACGUGGUAAACUUUUAAAAAUAUUUGAGCCAUUUUUGAGCUAUUUUGAACAAUUUUACUUAAGGGUAAAAUUGUUAGAUUGAACAAAAGUGCUAGGAAAUUUGUUAGGAUGUUUAUUUUAAUAAGUCGUACUUAAUGAUCAAAAAAAAAAAAAAAAUUGAGUGUAAUAAAAUAUUUAUUUUUUUUUAUUUGAGUUUUAAAAUCAAAUUUUGCCUAAAAUCGUAAAUAUUACGGCCUUUUAAAACACGUAUAACCGAUCUUCGCUUCAAAUCUGUUUUCGUUAGUAAUGGUUUAUCGUUGAUUACAGAUUUAAAUUAAAUAACUUUAUGUAUUCUAUAUCUUCUAAACUUCCCACCUACAACAGUGUAACAGCCAGUAUCAGCUCUUUUUUUUUUUUUUUAUUGUUUCACUCAUACGACCCUUAGGUUUUAGCAUAGAGUAGCGGUUUAUAACUUUAUAUUUGUAUGUAUUUAUUUCUUUUGUUUUAACGCAUAUAAUUAUGUUCAACAGGCAUGGAGGCAAUAAUGUCGGAAUUUUUCAACGACACGACUACGGCGUUUUACAUUAUACUGAUCGUCUGGGUGGCCGAUCAAUACGACACGUUGUGCAGUCAUUGUCCGCUCACGAAAAAGCAUUGGCUAAGGUGAGUGUCUCGUAUUAUAUUAUAUAUUGCAGUGGUAGUAUAGUAUAACAUAAAAGCCAUUAAAAUAUUGUCGUGUGAUGUGUGUAUACGUUAUACGGGCGGGUGGCUUGGUGGGUGAUUUUUUUUUUCUGCUCGUUCGGCCUGGAGGAAUAUAAACACACAUACACCGAGAAAGUUGUCUCGAACACGUAUAAUAUAAGUGCAUCACAGUUUGACGCGAUAUAUAUAUACCAUAUUAUAUAUAUAUAUAUAUAUAUAUAUAUAAAUAAAAGAGAGGAAAAAAACGUAGGGAUAAAGGGUCCGGUCGGAGAAACUGAACUCGACGGGGAUUCCGCAUUGACCGCCCGCCAAGAACCGUAAUGAAUACCCGGUACGGAAUCACUGCACUUUUCCCCCCACUCGCGUCGCUCGCGCGCGGAGAGAGGUUGCCCGCGUGCCAGGUCUUUUAGAGGAGUGUGCCCGUGUGUGUGGUUAAAAAUAAAACGGUCAGCAAUAUGCGCCCAACACGCAAAUAUAUAUAUUUGUUUAUAAAAAUAUAAUAAGAAAAAUAAUACGUAGGUAUAUGUGUUUAAAUAUAAAUCGAUUGUUUCUGUUCCAGGUUUUUCUAUCUGUACCAUUUUUCGUUCUACGCGUACCACUAUCGGUUCAACGGGCAGUACAGCAAUUUGGCUCUGAUUUGUUCGUGGCUAUUCAUUCAGGUAAAUGGACCUAUAUUAUAUAUUGUAAUACGCUGUUUGUUCGUUUGUCGGUUUCAUGUUCCCCGGCAACGAUAAUAUUAUAGCAUGUAGAACGUAGAUAAUGGAUAUAGUCGGUAAAGGGACGAGAUCGACUCUCGUCGACAACGAGGAUAGACUAUGUUUAGACGUAAUAAGCCGGCGGCGCCAUGCCUUCGUUUCGUUUCGAGCGACUGCGCAGCGCGAUAUUCAUUUAUUUAUUAUUAUUAUUUUCUGAUAGAUUUACAACUUUUUUUUUUCCCACCAAAAAUCUUGCUGUCCGAUUUUAAAACGUAACAUUAAAUUCUUUCUGGUCUGCGCUUCUUUGGGGAGGUCGUUAUUUUGAUUUUCAUUUUAGUUUUCUAAUUGGGAAAAUGUGCGGCAAUUAUACGGUACACGGUUUAACCGUGAACGUCUCUCCCGAUCGUUUUUCUUUAGCAGUGAAUUAACCGUUGCGUAGAGACAUAAAUUCUAUGUAUCCCAUCUUUUCAACUUUUUAUUUAGCCCCUCCCACUUAUUAAAAACAUUUUUUUUUUAAAUUAUUUAUAUUAAAGUGUGAAGAUUAGAAAAAUCCGAUAGGUACGCUCAAAAAUCCUGUUAUAUUGAAAAAAUAGGUAGCACGACACCAAUUCUAUCGCAACUUGUAGCAAGAUUCUUUCCUGUGUCGAUAUAAUAUUGUAAACGGUAUAAUAAUAUGACAGGCAGGUAUCUUUUGCGCACCUGGAAAAGAUAUUUUUAUAAGACGUAUCUCAUCCUAUUUGUUUUUGUAUCUUUCUUAUAGAAUAUAAGUAGUAUGCGUCCAAUAUACUACUAUAUACAUGUAUUUAUACCGUAUAAAUCCGUUAGCUUUUUCGUUUUUCGUUGUCUUCUGUUCCGGACGUUUAAUUUAAAAAAAAAAAAAAAAACAAUCCCUCCCCGUCGUAUUACAAUAACAAUAUAUGUUUACACGCGGCGGACGUGCGAUAUGCCGGGGCGGGAAGAGGACGUCGCGAAAUCGCUGUAACAGACCGUGCAACGUAUUGUGUUACCGUCGGCACAGAGUUCUUGCAACUCGUCAUGUCGUCUGUAUGUAGGUGUACGACACAUCGAACGCAGAAAACGAGUAAAAAUGUAAUAAAAAAAAAAAAAAAUCAAAUCUGAAAUGUAAACAACAAAGAGAGACCCUCCUUCGUCGUUUCGUGAAAAAAAAAAAAAAAUGAGAAAAUAAAAGAAAACGACACGCGUCUGACGUUUCUGGCUCGAUAAUUAAUAAGUCCGAAGGGGGCAAAAUGGUCGGCGGUAAAUGAUUGGAAAUGUUCGUAGCGUUUCUCGUAUACGCGAAUAAUAUCCAAAAACGAGACGCGCCCUGGCCGAACUUUUGGUGGCCUCUACCAUGUGGUAAACCCGGGCCCGCAGUUAUAAUUAAUGGCUUUUGAUUUGCGUCGGAAACAUUUAAUUCUCGCAAAUAUUUUUUUCCGCGAUCCGACGCAACGCGGCUCCCAAAAUCAUGUCUACGGAUUUCUUUCGGAUUUUCUGUAACGUGUGGCGUGUUGCGUGUUAAAAAUAACAGUUUGGCGGUCUAUGAUGUGUGUGUGUGUUUGUGUAUAUGUGUGUAUGGUACAGAGUUUCUCUCCUAUCCGAUUAUUAUUGUUGUGCUUGAGCGGGUUGGUACACCGUCACAAAUAUACCCGAUAAUACUUUUAUUGGUCCGAUUUUAGGAGGAAACUUUGUUUUUACGAGAAACGUGUUGGUUUUACACUGUAUGAUUUGUUCUUUAACCUUUUGUUCGUUAACGAAAUUUCUACCGGAUAUCUCUUUGCUCAGAUCGUCAAUUUUUACCGCGGUUUUCAGUAGAUAAUUUCGUUCAGUGGUGCACUGUAGCGGUUUUUUUUUUGGAAUUCAAUAAAAAACAAUCAUAUUAAAAUUACUGCAAUUUUCACUGAACGCAAAAUAUUUUGGCGUUUUGUUUUGAAUUAUUAUAUUGAAAUUGAUUGAAAUAUUUGAUUAUUUAUUUGUUUUAUACGUGGAUAGAAAAUAGUGUAAUUUAUUUUUAUCAGCGUUUCAAUUCAAUUUCAUGGUAAAUUUUUUUUUUUUUUAUAGUUACAAAUUAAUAUUAUUUUAAUUUUCAAUUGAAAUUUGCGGAAACAACAUUAUGGUUAUUCGAACUUUAUUCAGAAAUAGUUUUCGGACACGAUGAUUAAAUAUAUGUAAUCUUACUUUCCCAACUUUUUAACGAUUUUUUUUUAAAUUCUGAACGCAACUAGAAAUAGCAUAUUGGUUUUACUAUGAUAUGUGUGUGUGUUUUUUUUCCUGUCUGUUAUUAACUUUUUUCAUUGCAGAAAUGUUAUUUCGAUCGUCAAUUUCUAAAAUGGCUCUUUGUAGAAAAAUAUUUCUAGUGAAUCUAAUUAUAAGGGAAGAGGCGAUUUCUUAGAUUUUCAAUUUAUCGUAAUCUAAUCAUAUAAUGUACCCUAAUAUUCUACCUUCCCGGCUAUUCGACUUUGUUUUUUUUUUCUUUUUUUUUUUUGUAUGUGUAUAGAUUUGAUAAUAAACCCCCGGACUACCGGUUAGGAAAUGCCGCAGGUCUGUGUAAUAGUACCUAUACCGCAAUACAAUACACACAUAAUAUAUAUACACGACACCCGCGGUCUCUGCGCGCGGGGAAACUUCGUCCGGCGGGAGGGUGUGAACGUUGCACGGGCCGGCGAGGGCGUUUUAACGGCCGACAGCGGUGUUAUGCGAUUAUUAUACAACAAUUUUGAAUUCGAUUUUUCCGACACUGUAAUUCGAAUGCGAAAUUAUCGCGUGUCCGGCGCGCGGCGCGUUAUUAACGGACGAAAAACCCCAUGUUACGGUCCGUGGAGAUUUUCGAGAACGGCGGCGCGCACGGUCAUAAACAGAACGAAUAAAUUCCGGACGACAUCACCGUCAUCAUCCCGAAGGGUUGAUACGAAAUUUCCAUAUAAAUUUAACGCGGAGGGAAUGUCCCUGACCACCGCUGUCCGUCGUCCUAUAUAUUCCUCUCUGCACUCUAUCGAAUCGGUUUUUUUUCCCGUCCCCUUCCGUUAUAUUUUUUAACAUUUUUUUUUCUUGCCCGCAGUCGGUUUUAUUAUCGCGUCCCGCGCUCAUAUCACAAUUUAAUAUAAUCAACGCGAUCUUUCGGUGGGGUUUUCACACGUAUACGAAUCCGCAGUAUAGGGGGGUAUAAUGAGUAAGCAUUAUUUGAUUAUUCCCACUUAUCGAUCGUCUCCGGCGCCGUUUAAUAUCCUUUAGACAAAGUUUAAACUCAACGAUUUCAAAUGUCGAUAAACAUAGUUUGAAAAUCACUAGAAUUUGAAAAUUAUACCACGUUUUGAAAGGGCUAAUAUUCGGGAAACAUUUCAUGUGUCUACGAUUAUUUCUAGUCGAAUUUAAAAAAAAAAAAAAAAUCAAAACCGCUGUUGCGCAAAUUUCCCCGUUUUUCUCAAUAAUUAUUAAUAUAACUACAAAUAAAAUCAAACAAUAAUCUUUCCAUACCAACUAUGGACGACAUUUUCUUUUAGAAACCAUCCUUGAAGUAGAUGAUCGGAGCAAAAUUUCUAGUAAAAAAUAUUGUUACCAAGCAUAAGAAAAAAAAGCACACAUCGUAGUAAUACCGAUACAUUACUUAGCUCGCUCCGAAUCUAAAAUAAUACAAUUGGAAAACUGUAGAGGUAUGUUUAUGUCCAAUAAAUGGGAACACGAAAUAUGUCUGCCGGACAGACUUUGAUUGAAAUUUGUUUAUUUUUAGGAAAUUCCCGGAUUCUAAUACACACGCAUUUUUAGCGUUUUUUUAAAAAAAUGUUAACAAUAUGCUGACAAGCAGCAACAAAAUGUCCAUUUUCAUAAAUAGAAACACCUAAUAGUCGAAUAGUGUUAUUUUUUCUUUCUCAAAAUCCACCUGAUACAACCGCCAAUAAUAAUGUUGAUUAUAAAAUAUAAUAUUGAUUGGUCAAGACAUUUUUUCGCCAUAAAACAAUAGUAAAAAAGACGUCCUAGGAUAAUAGAAACGGGUACAGCCACUAUUAUAGAUAAUUGAAUAUAUACCUGUAAGCAACAAUAAAGCAUUGCUUACGAAAAAAAUGAUUCUGAAUGAAGUUCAGUUGAUACUGAUGGCUUGUUAACAAUAAUAUGUCAUUUUAUAGUAAAAUAAUUAAAUAGGCUUUAUAUAUUUUCUUUAAUAAUAUUUGUUUAUUGUUGUAUCGGUUUUCCCAAUUUCCCUACGUUUUUUCCAGUUUUUCACGUUUGCUGGAAAAACUCUUGAGAAAAUCGAAAAAUUACCUCUCUAAUGUACCUCGCUAGUGAAAUUUCCUUUUAGAAACAUUGCUAUCAUUAAAAGUUGGAGGAAAAUUGCUAGUAUAAAAGUUGCGUACAGAAAAAAAUAAAAAAUAAAUAUCUUUGUAAAACCAUAAGUUUCUUUAUUCCACUCAGAAUCUAAAACCUCUUCACUUUGAAAGGCACUCGUUUUAAAGUUUUUGAUAAAUCCAGAAAAAUCAUAUGGCUUUUAAUAAUAUGACUGUCGGGCGAUUUUUAGACUGCCCGGUGUUAAAAAUAUAGAUGUUUCUAUUCGUAAGAACAUUUUGCGUUAUCAUUUUUUGGAAAUUGGCUUGAAAUGUGUAUUUCAACACUUUUGAUAUUAAAAAAAAAUAAAAUCCCAUUUCACUUGUAAGUCCGACAGGCUGAAAUAUUUAGUGUUUUUAGUGAAACGCACUGUAUAGUGUUCAAUUUCGGAGUGCGAUCAUAUUAAAAAAAAUGUCGACACUCGUUUACGAUGAAUUUUGUAUGUUCCUCGUAGUUUUUUUUUUUUCUUGUGUUGCUAUAUUUUUUUCUUUUGACGACUAUUCGCCAAGACACGCGAUCGUGCUAUGCCGUUUUCAUGACCAGGGUUUUUUAAAUUAAACAUUUUAAUAAUAGAUUCAAUGAAUAACUUGCUGUAUUUUCAUGUCACGGUUAAUGUUACGCGGUCUUGUCGUCGGUUAAUAUUCCGUUUUUUUAGAUUCUGAACGAAACGAGAAAUAUAUUUAUGGUUUUACUAUAUUGUGCAUUUUUUUCUGUAAACAACUUUUCUACCGGAAAUAUUAAUCCGACCAUCGUCUUUGGUGGUGAUUUCUGAUAGCAAAUUUUGUCAUGAGUGGUCAUUUUGUUUUAUUUUCCUUAUGCUUUUUCGGGAAAAUCGAAAACAUAUAUUCAAUAGCGAUUUCUAUUAAUCUUCGAUUUUGUUUAGUUUUUAUUUUUGUAAUUUGUUUAAAAAAUAAUAGUAGAAACCUGAGGAUUUUCCCUUAGUCCUUACUAUAGACGAAAAAUAAUAAUCAAAACAUUCUGACGAUUCUUAAGCUAUUUACAUUUUUUAGUUAUUAUUUGGGUUUUAUGAGGAUACAAUUCUUUUGGCCUGGCAAAGACGAUAGACAUUUUAACACGAAGUUUAUCAUAAGUUUUACUUGGUGGACAGAAAAAGAAAGUGUGAGCGUAAUACAUAAAUUCGUUUUUUUAAUGCGUUAUCAAAUUUUUAUGAACAAAUCGUUAAAAUCAUUGCGACUUUUUAAAACAUGUUUACCCGAUAACUUUGAUCGGAAUCGUUUUUUGUUUGCAAUGAUGUAUCGUAACGUGUAGGAUAUAAAUUGAAUAAUCGUGUAUCCUACUUUUCUAAUUUCCCGCCUAUAACACACCUACACACCCGUCUUUUUUAUUCAUAAAGUAUUUUAUCGGAAUUUAUGUAUAAAAAAAAAAAAAAAAAUCAAAAACUUCCCAAGUUCAAUUGCACAUUUUUUCCAUCAACGAUAUUUUCAAACGUUCGACAUUAUUACAUAAUAUUAUUUUAAUUAUUUAAUUAUUCCUACGUUGAACUAAACCGUUCUAAAACGUCGGCGGCGUAUAUAUAAAUCCAAAACGCGAAAACAAUAGUUAUUUAUUAUUCAUAAUAUAACCGUUUUUAGUUUUAUACAUCCGCCAUCAUUCUAUACUAUACGCACGUAUUGAACUCCCGUAAAUAAUAAACCAUAGUUGUUGGUUCGAUAAAAAUAAUAUUGCAGUAUAUAUAGUAUGUACAUUAAAAAUUAUGUGAAAUUAAUAAUAAAAACAAAAAUUGGACAUAAUUCAUACUAGUAUAGGUAAUCCUAUGGAUAAACAAUUUCCCUAAAAAAUAAAGAAUCUACGAAAAAUUGGCACAUUUUAUUAAUACGUCGAAGUAAAAAAUUCAGGAAAAAUGUAUUGUAUUGUUUAUGAUAAGCAAUUUAAUUUUUCUAUUUUUCAUUCAUGUUUAAUUUUUUUUUGCUACCAUCCACGACUCAACCGUACAACAUAGUCUCAUCACACUUUUGUAGAAUUUACCUUUAAGUCUCAUUGGAAUUUUUUUUUCACAUAAAACACCUAACGCUUCUCUCAACGGAAAUUUUACGAUAUUUUAAUAUCUGGGUUAGGUUUGUUGUACAGGUUGAAAAUUGGAAAAGUAUGAUACAUCUAUUGGGCAAUUUAGUUUACUAUAAAUUAUUAUUAGUAAAUCGAUAUUAAACGUGUUUAAUAUUUUGAAAUACCACGACUUUUACGAUUCUCUUAAAAGUUUUAACUUCAAACAUUAAUGUAGUGUAUUACGUUUAACUAUUUUUUUAACCACUAUAAAUGCGACUUAAUAUUAACAUUUUCGAGUAUUUUGCCGAAACAUUUAUAUCCCUAUUUUAUCGAAAAGUAAAAUGCGAAAUGAUUUUUCUGGAUAUUUAAAUGUUUAAAUAAGAUAUAGGCAUUUUUAAAUUGUGAUAUUUCACGUACCCAUAACUCGCUCAAAAUUCAAAUAUCGGAAAAAAUCAACAUAUAAACGCAGAUAUACCUAAUAUUCUGAUGAUAAUAAAUUAAUUCACUCUAAUAUAAUCUAAACAUAUGUAUCAUGCGCCGCCUCCUUAGAGUCUAAGGGUAUAAAGGCUUAGGCGAAAAUCAUGGAUUUGUUUUCGGAUUUUUUUCAGCAUUCCAUGAUAUACUUUUACCACCAUUACGAACUGCCGUUCGUAGUGCAGCAGAGCCAAUUGCAGCAGGUCCUUCUCCAGAGGAACCAGGAACAGCAUCGGCAUAAUUUCGAUACACAUGGUAACGGAGGAGGGUUUGGUGGACGUGGCGGUCGUGGCGCGGCAGGAGGGGAUGACCGUCGCGGAACGGACGCCACAGGCCCGGCCGAACGCCGUGCAUAUCCGCGGGUCAUCGGCCAACAAUUCAGCAUAAUGAACGGACUGCAACAAUUGGGCCGUUUGCGGGCUACUUUGAUGCGCCGGCGGAGGGUGCGCCCGUUUAACGCACCACAACCGCCUCAGGUUCCCGGUGACGACAUUUCCGACGGUUCUGAUAGCUCGCGGGUUCCCGACGACGUCGUUCCGGACGUCGCGGAUCUGGGAGACGUGAGCGAUGUCCAACAGUAGACGAUGGCCCCUUUUCGUUCCGUCCUCGAGGACAUUCACUUUCACCUCUCCAAAAAAAAAAAAAAACACGCUGCUGUUUACUUCUAGUAAGCGACUAUACUUUCCGUAGAAAUAGUUUUUUUUAACCCCAAUAUAUUACUACUGUCCUCUCCGGUUACUAAAAAACCUGACCAUAAAACAAUAAACAAUUUUGUUCGUUUAAGAAUUCUUUUCGGAAAUAUUGUUGUUUGUGUUCAUAUAUAAUAUUUUAUAGGGUUUAUUCGAUAUUUUAGUACAGUGUGAAUGUAUGUUUGCUCAUACGUAUUAACAUACCACAUGAACGUUUUUAUUCUGUCUCCCAUUAUAGAGCUGUUUUUUUUUUUUUUUUGUAAACUAUAAAAAUGUAUAAUAUAUAUAUUUUUUUCCUUUUGGCUAGAGUGUCGACAUAAUAAUUAAUAAUAUAAUAUAUUGUCGUUUUUAAGGUUAUUAUUAUUAAGUUCGCCAUUUUAUUAUUUUAAAGACAGAUGAUUGUAUAGUUGACUUUACAGUAUCCACCAGAGCGCGCGUACACUCGUAAAAAUUACGGUUAUUUACGCACGUGCGUGUGUACUUAUAUUAUUAUAUUAUGUAUUUUUUCCAACAUUAUAAUAAUUAUUAUGAAAUUACAUUACUACUAUUAUUACGAUUAUUAUCAAUAUAACUAUUAUUAUUGUUUGAAAUAAUAAAUCGUGGAAAAUGCGCAUCACGACUGUAUAAUACUAUAGACUCGAUUAUCCGCUUUCUCGUUUACCUAUCUUUCUCCUGGAGCCAUGGCUCGCAUCUCAGGCAGUCAUCUCGUUUUCCUGUCAUAGUUCUGAGCUGAAACGCUUUUCCAUCCGGAUUUCUAGGUCGCGUAUUUACAUUUUCUACUUGAAAAAAAUCACAUAUACAAAUGGAAUUCUCUGGUCUGUCAAAUACGGCGUUAUUAGUUUCAAGUUGGUUCCUUAUGAUAUAGUACAACAUACGUUUUGUAGAUAGUGUCAUAAUAAAGGUUUAUAGACGCGGCUUCAUUAUUGUUUCGUUCGAAUCCAAAUUGUUUGCAUUUUUCCCUGCUUUAUCUAAACACGUGAUGACCUUUCAUGGACUAGCUAGUAUAUUUUUGGUUUACACUUUAACUUAGGACACUAACUUCUUUGGAACAGUAUUAACUUUGGACUAAUUGUAAAAACAAGUAUCAGAGUAGCAUGUUUAUUAUUAUUUUCAUUGAAAUCAUGUUAUCGAUAUUAUUUAUGAUAACUGAUAAGCAAUAAUUUAAGCCAUUGCAAUCCAUUUUCGUAUGUGACUCGUAAUUCCAAGUAGGGAACGCUUCCAAGUCCCGUAAAUCAAUUUUUAUUUGAAAUUUUUAUAUUAAAUCUCCCAAUAAUAAAAGUAUUUGUUAAGGUAUGUAUUUUUGCACUAUGAUUACUCAAAUGAUCUACUAUCAUAGAACUUAUUAUUGUUAUUUGAUGACGGGUUACGACUGCCAAAUUUAAUUAUAUACAGAAUGCUAAACAGAAUAAUAGUCUUCAGGAUCUUCUAUUUUUUUCUCAUUAAUAGUUGUGUCUUGUUGCUUGCUUCCUGCCCUCCUUGCUCCAUGGAUCUCGCUGGUUGACUAUCCAGAAAGUUAUGCUCUGUCUACUUACUGACUCCAGAUUCCGAAUUUCAUUGUCAUAAUCAUCUUCCUUAGGUAUGUCGAUCCUUCAUUGCUCGGUUUAAUGAGAAAAUUAAUACAGAGGUUUUCCGUCGCUUUCUAUUCGUAGUGGCAUCCUUUAUUUUUAUUGAUUGAUACUAGUAGCAUUAUUUUCCACUUCUAGGUUUAUUUUAAUCUCCUCUUAUGACAGUCAUGGAUUACUCAGGGUAUAUUCUGAUUAUACCGAAAAAUGUGUGUCAUCGGGGUUCUAUGCCAAAAAGGUUAUCGAAGUAAUCGGAAAUCUUUUAAUUGCGUGGAAACGUUUUGGGAAAUGCUGAAAUUAACGUAGACUAAUCUAUUCAAUUGGCAUGUUCGGCUUCCUUUGCAACUAUCGUAUUUUUAUAACUGGUUAUAACAGCUCACAGAACCCAUUUUAUUCCUACUAAAUGGCAAAAAUAUACUUGAGGUAAGUAAUAGUUUUUAUAAAAUGUGUAACAUACAAACAAAGCACUGGAAAUUCUACUAAGUAACAAUAUUGUUUUCAUAACCCAUGAUUAUAACCCAUAACAUUAUAAGCUGUAAAUAAAAUACCAAUACAAUUUUCACAGCUGUCAUGUAUACUUUUCUAUAAAAGACAUUACCUGCAGUUAAUUUUUGAUGAAUUUGAACUCACUUAGGUAUACGGUAUUUGUUAAAAUAAAAAUUAUUGCAUUUUUUUGAUUGUACUAGUGUUUAAAUAUAAUAAGAAGGUGU